ACUGAUGGGUGACACUGAAAGGCAGCUCAGAUGGGCAAUGAUAUGUGGCAUUGAUGUGGCACUGAUGGGCACUGAAAUGUGGCACUGAUGGGCACUGGCAGGUGGCAUGGAUGAGCACUGAGAGCUGGAACUGAUGGACACUGACAGGUGGCGCUGCUGGGGCUACACAGAUCAUCAGGGCACACUGAUCAUCAGUGCUCUGAUGAUCUGUGUACAUGUCCCCUCCGAGGAAUCUCGUGGGGAGAGAAAUGCAGAUAACCAGCAUUUCCCUGUCUACAUGUGAUCAGCUGUGAUUGGACACAGCUGAUCACAUGACCGAGCCGACAUCUUCAGC